AUGCGUUGGACUCUAGCUGGAUGCUAUGGGCUUGCUCUGAUAACUCUGUCAGUUGGCCUGCAGAUCAGCCAGAGGCCUCGCUUUUACGGUGUCAAAGUUGGCCAACUUGUCCCGAUUUACUGCAAGUCCUCGGGUCUGGACCCCAACAGAACCGUGUACUGGUACAAGGCCGACAAGUACGAUACAAAGAAGAUCCAGAUUCAGGAGGAUGAAAGGAUUCACUUUCAAGAAAGUGAAGGGAUCCAAAACGCUUUCCUUCUGCUCAAAAAUCUCCAAAUUGAGGACAGUGGAGUGUACUUCUGUAAAAGAAACUCACAAUAUGGGCCUGGAACUGCACUACAAGUAGUGAGGAACGUUGACCCGUUUCAGGCCCAGUACAGGUCUCAGAUGAAGGACGGCCUGAUGGUCCUGCAGGGUCUGGUGCUGGCUACCUGUGUUGCUGCCAUCCUGCUGCGCAAACAACAACUGCAUUCAAAAAGAAGAGACAGCCUCUACGAAGAGCCUGAAAACGACCACAUUUAUGAGGGUUUGGCGAUUGAGACGUGUGGAGGAGAGCUGUACGAGGAGCUUUCUGCGUACGCUCAGCCUGAAGGAGCCGAGGCGCCGUGGGAAUAA